AAACUGAAAACAUGAGUGCAGUCCAAAUAUGCUCGGAUAUUAUUUAUGUGGUCAACAUAGUUUUAUCAAUUGUCAAAUGGUUACAAAAUAAGAGUAGAAUUAUUCCUGUAUUUGAAGUAUCUCGAUGUGGAAAAACAAACCAACAAAAGAGGAGCAUACCAAUGUGCACAUCGAUUAACUUUACAAUAAUUAUGCAGAGAACAGCGACAUUGGCUCUAAGGGGGAAACCGGCGAAACGCGUAACGAAGCCCGCACAAAUUGGGCAACAUUUGGUGGCAUCUUUUGCCAAAUUGAAUGCGGCAGGCAAUCCACCCCGCCACCAAAGCGAACCCCUAACACAGUUUGGCGAACAUUUGGCUUGUUAUCAUUUUCAUGGUUGAAGCGACACAUGAAAAUACCGAAAGAGUUAGGAAAAAAGACGGGGGAUGCUGAGUAGGGCAGGGGUAUUGUUGGCUCAUUUUUGUGCCCGGCU